CGGAGACAAAGCCGCCAGCCCGCCAGCCGGCCGGCUCCUCGCGCGAGCUCCUCCUCCGCGGGCGCCUCCCUCCCUCCCAGGCGCCGCCGCAGCCGGAGCGGCUCCCGAGCCCUGAGCCGCGGCCGCCCAGACCCUUCAUGUGGCCUUUAUAAAUAUGCAUUUGAGACAGAGUUAUAUGCAGAAGUUGAAAAUGCCUGGAAGAUUUCUGGUUUCUUUCACUACUUUUCCUGCCUUUUUGCGUCGCUGCCAGAUUUGGAUGAUAUAAUAUUCAGAGGGGCAACUUAAUCAAAGCCAUUCUUCAACAAGACACACGUGGCAGAAGAUUGCCCACAUAAUUCAAGAUGGCCAGUCAACCUCCUGAAGACACUGCAGAGUCUCAGGCCUCUGAUGAGCUCGAGUGCAAGAUCUGUUACAAUCGUUACAAUCUGAAACAGAGGAAACCCAAAGUGCUGGAGUGUUGUCAUAGGGUUUGUGCCAAAUGCCUCUAUAAGAUCAUAGACUUUGGGGACUCCCCACAAGGUGUCAUUGUCUGUCCUUUCUGCAGGUUUGAGACAUGCCUGCCAGAUGAUGAAGUCAGUAGCCUGCCGGAUGACAACAAUAUCCUCGUAAACUUGACUUGUGGAGGCAAAGGGAAGAAGUGCCUGCCAGAGAACCCCACAGAGCUGUUGCUCACCCCCAAGAGGCUGGCCUCUCUGGUCAGUCCUUCUCACACGUCCUCCAACUGCUUGGUCAUAACCAUCAUGGAGGUGCAGAGAGAGAGCUCCCCGUCCCUGAGCUCCACUCCUGUGGUAGAAUUUUAUAGGCCUGCGAGCUUCGACUCUGUCACCACUGUGUCACACAACUGGACUGUGUGGAACUGCACAUCCCUGCUGUUUCAGACAUCCAUCCGGGUGUUGGUGUGGUUGCUAGGUUUGCUGUACUUCAGCUCCUUACCCUUAGGAAUCUACUUACUGGUGUCUAAGAAAGUCACCCUGGGGGUCGUCUUUGUCAGCCUGGUCCCUUCGAGCCUUGUUAUUCUUAUGGUGUAUGGUUUUUGCCAGUGCGUUUGUCAUGAAUUUCUAGACUGUAUGGCGCCUCCUUCUUAAUUGGUAUGCAAAAUAAGAAACUGGACACAUUGCCCUGUUUGAGUAUGAAGUUAGAUAAUUUAUAAUUUAUUUUCUUUUUUGUUCUUUAUGAUUAGUGUCCAUGACAUUUAACAAAGCUCCCUUGGCCAUGUGUUGACUCAAUUGGUUUUCCUGCAGGCUGGAAGUAAAAAUGUUCAUUUCUACUAAAGGUUUAGCAAAAUUGUAUAAGCUCACCCUUCAUGGAGCAUUGACAGCAGUGAGUCUUCCCAGAGAAAGGGUAGGGUUUCACUCAGCACUGCCAGACAGACAGUAGGAUUGCGGUGUGUUAUGUUGUAGGGAGAGUCGGGAAUGAAUGGAUCCCUGUUUUCGUAGUCAUGGACAUUCUAUGAUGGCAGUUGGACAUGAGAGGAAAGUUGCCUGAGACACAUCUGUUACAAAGUGUGCUCCCUCCCUACCCGUAAACCUGGUAUUGGAACACCCUGGAAUUGUCUUCAGGUCUUUGUUUUCUCUCUUAAGUCACUCUCUGUGGUCAGUGUUCCCACUGAGAUACUUGUUCCUUCUGUGCAUUCUCCCUUGCCAAGAGGAAGCUCAGUUCCACUCCCUUGGGUGGUUUCAACUGAAUACCUGUUUUGCCACAUUACUCAAGGGAAUGAAAAUCAUUGAGGAAUUUGCAUCACAGUCAACUUCGUGGCAGAAUGUGGCUGCUUGUCCUUGAGACACACUCUUUCCUCCAUGUCUGUUUUCCUCUCUCCUUAGUCUUCUCUGAGAAGAAUGGAGGAGAGUGAACUUCUCACAGAGCAAUUAUUCUUCAUGAAACCUUCAUUUGAGUCUUUCCUUCUAACAUCUUAGUUUUGGUUUUUUAAACCACAUUGCUCAAUCAGCCUUACCAGUUGUCCGGAAAAGGUUCCAUUUAAAUUAGCUGCUAUAAAUUCAUGAAGACUUUCUUUUUUUCCCAUUAUAUAUUUUGUUCCAUUAGGAUUUACUUAACUGAAUCUUAUAACAUUUCGAGGUGAACUGUGGCAGUGAAAACCCAGACACAGUUGAGAUACUUUUGCUCACAGUUUGGAGUGCUGAGAACCUAAGUAUUUUGCUGUAUGAUACUGAAUUGUAUCAAAAUAUGAUGGUUUAGGUUUAUGUGCGAGACUUUGUGUUGUAGUCUAGACAGAGGGGUGGGCAAGAGACAUGCAAAGCGGAUGCUCUACUUGAAAAGACCCUUCAAGGAAGUAGAAUGGUGGGGGCAGAGUACAGCUUACCGCGUUGCUAUCCCUGCUGCCUUGGAGUGGGUUUUGGACUGGAUUCAAGUUCUUACACAAUUUAGUUUGAAUAAAAGCAUAACCUAGGUGAUUUCAGUUAAUGAACUUCUUUUCAUGAUGUAGGAAAAGUUGAAUGUGUAUAUUUCUGAGAAGAAAUUGUUUAGCAGAUUACAAGUUGGCAGACUAGAAUGUUCACAGAAACUGGGCAAAAAUUUUUAAAAGCAUUUUAGUCUCUAAAACCCAUUACUAAUGAUUAACAUGAAAAUAUUUGUAACUCUUAGAAAGGGGGCAUUACUAAGAUGACUUUAACUUGUUUGUGAUGAAAUCUUUGUUGUGUCAUGCAGGUACAGUGCACCCAUUCCAAUGUCUGUAUUCAGAACAAAUUGACAUGACUGGAAUAGCAGUUUGAUUCUAAUUGUAAAACUAAACUUUGGGAACUUGUAUGCCCAAAGUAAGUAGGAUGAAAAUAUAUAUGGGAUAUGGUCCAAUGAAUUUAAGCCCCAAGAUACAGCUAAGUACAUUUAUGAUUUCAUAAAAUCUAGUUUGGAUAGUAUUGUGAUGCAAUUUCCAGAAAAUUA